UUAAACAAGCUUUUGAUACGGUUUGGAGAUUUGGAUUGUGGCAUAAGCUAUUUAAGAGUGGGGUUAGUGGAAAAUGUUUUAACUACAUCAAAAAUAUGUAUAUAGGAAUUAAAUCUAUGAUAAAUCUGAAUGGCACAAUCAAAGAUUAUUUUAACUGUAAUGUUGGUGUUCGCCAAGGUGAAAAUCUAUCGCCUUUUUUAUUUUCCUUAUAUAUCAAUGACCUGGAAGAGUUUCUCUCAGACAGAAAUAUUAUUGGUUUACAAAGCAUAACUGACGCUAUUGAAGAAGAAUUAUAUGUGUAUCUUAAGCUUUUCAUUUUGUUAUAUGCAGACGAUACUGUUAUCUUGGCUGAAACAGAUGUAGAUCUGCAAAAGGCUUUGGAUGAUUUUUAUUUGUAUUGUUCACAAUGGAAACUUAAUGUUAAUAAAAUUCUAGUGUUUUCUAAAGGACCAAUGUCAAAAAAGGUAUUUUAUUAUAAUAAUAAUGCAAUUGAAAAUGUAAAAGAAUUUAAGUAUCUUGGGAUAAUAUUUUCACGCUCAGGUUCAUUUUGUAAGGCCAAAAAACAUUUAUGUGAACAAGCACAGAAAGCAAUGUAUGGUGUUAUAAGGAAGAUAAGACAAUUUAACUUACCAAUUGAAUGUCAGUUAGAUUUUUUUGAUAAAGUUGUUGUAACAGUUCCAAUUUUGACUUAUGGCUGUGAAAUUUGGGGUUAUGAAAAUCUCGACAUCAUUGAACGUGUACAUUUAAAAUUUUUAAAACAUAUUUUCCAUUUAAAGAGUAGUACGGCCUCGUAUAUGGUGUAUGGGGAGACUGGGCGAUUCCCAUUGUAUAUUAAUAUUUAUACAAGAAUGAUCUCCUACUGGUUAAAAUUACUUACCCCGAAUUCUUUAGAAAACAAAAUAGUUUGUGUUUUGUAUAAAUAUCUAUGUUCUCAAUAUUUUCAAGGAGGUCCAAAAAACCUAUGGGUAGAUUUCAUUUAUAAAAUUUUAACCUCUUGUGGGUUCUCCAACAUUUGGUAUGAACAAAGUCCCAUUGACAGGAAUUGGGUACUUGCAGCAGUGAAGCAAAGAUUAAGCGACCAAUUUAUUCAAAAAUGGCAUAGUGAUAUAAAUAAUUCAUCAAAAGGUCAAAUUUACAAAAUUUUUAAGAGUGAUUUUGGAUUUGAAAAAUAUCUAAGUAUUUUACCUAGUAAACUCCAAAAAAUACUAAUAAAAUUUAGAACUUCAAACCACCACCUCCCAAUUGAAACUGGUAGAUGGUCAAAUAUUCCACUGGAUGAAAGAGUUUGUAAAUUGUGUAAUACAGGGCAAAUAGCAGACGAAUUUCAUUUCAUCCUAGAAUGUAAAACAUUGAACAGCAUCAGAAAGAAUCUUUUACAUCCCAGAUUUUGUAAAACGCCAAAUACACUUAAGUUUUCUGAAAUUAUGUCAACGACAAACUUAAAAACUUUAAAAAAACCUUUGUAUAUUUAUAUCUAAAAUAAACGAC